UAUUUUUUAAAAUGUGUCCGAGUAAUCGGUGGUAUAUUGCAAAACGUAGAGUGCGGUCACACUGCCGCUGCGAUUGUUUUGGUUUUGGUUAAAAAUGAGCAAUAUUUACAUCCAAGAACCGCCCACGUCGGGAAAGGUCCUUCUAAAGACCACUGUGGGCGACAUAGACAUCGAGUUGUGGGCACGGGAAUGUCCGAAGGCGUGCCGCAACUUCGUGCAACUCUGCCUAGAGGGCUACUACAAGAAUACUGAAUUCCACCGGCUGGUCAAGGGCUUUAUUGUCCAAGGAGGCGAUCCAAAUGGCGACGGCACCGGCGGCGAGUCCAUAUACGGGCAGCCCUUUAAGGAUGAGUUUCACUCCCGACUCCGGUACACGCGUCGCGGCCUUGUGGGAAUGGCAAAUUCUGGAAAGGAUGACAACGGCUCCCAGUUCUUCUUUACAUUCGCUCCGACGCCGGAACUGCAGAAUAAGAACACGCUUUUUGGGAAGAUCACCGGCGACACCAUCUACAACAUGCUCAAGUUGGAGGAAGGCAUUGUUGAUCACCAGGAACGACCGAUGCACGCCCAUCGCAUCGUUUCUACGGAGGUCCUCUCCAACCCAUUCGAUGAUAUUGUUCCUCGUAUUCUGGCCCAGCCAUCCACGAAGAGCAAAAAGAGCAAGAAGGAGCGACAAGGAGUCAAAAACUUUGGCCUGCUCUCCUUUGGCGAAGAAGCCGAAGGUGAUGAGGAGGAGACCAACGUUUAUGUUAAACAGAACGCCGGUAAGGCGAAAUCCCUGCACGAUGUCACGGAUGAUCCCAAACUGAGCAAGGAGCCCAUUCGUGUGCCCAAAGUAGAAAAGGAAGAAAAAAUCGAGGAGCACUUGUCCGACGAUUGUCCUGAGGACAGUGUCAAGGAAAAACCCUCCAAUGCUAGUUCGGAUCUCAUCAAAAUGAAACUGUCUAAGCGAUCAAAGAGUGGGCCAGACAAGAAAGCUCAGCCAGUUGAGGAAAAGACUGAUUCUGACGAUGACGAGGAUGUUUUGUUGACUCGGGAGGAGGAACAAAGUCGGAAAGUCUCGGAGGAAAAAUCCAAGAUCCGUGAGGAAAUCGCUUCUCUUAAAAAGCAGUAUCAAAUGGAUAAGCAAAGCAAAGACAAGCUGGUUAGUGGACAAGAGAAAGCUGCAAAAUCCUCCGAAAUCAAGGGGUCUAGCGAAAACCAUUACAUUAACGAUUUUAUAGAGUCUAAGGAGAAGUACACCGCCAAAGUAAAGCUUCAACCAAAAGGACAGUCAAGAGAGGCAUUUACACUGAGCCUACUCUCGAAAUUCCGAACGAAAUUGGACAACUUGAAGCAAAAGUCAAGCUCUGAUGAUGUCGAAUCGGAAGCGAAGGAUAUUGACGAUCGCGUAGUAGAACAGGAAAUAAUCGGCGACGAUUGGCUGUCGCACACCUUAAACUUUAAUAGUUCGACUCCAGUUUUGGCUAAAGAUGCCAAUAAAAAGGGUGACGAUUGGUACGAUGCCUACGAUCCACGAAAUCCUCUUAAUAAACGUAAACGGGGCGAAACUGGCUCUAGCAAAUCUAGUUCGGGAAAAUCAAAAAGCAGUAAGCGUGACUAAUAAAGAAAAAUACAAAAAUAA